CCCCAGAGCGCGGAUUUGUCGCGGCCCCGCCCACGGAACCGCUCGGCCUCGCGAGGGAGGCAGGCCGCGGCGAUGGCGGCAGGCCGGGCGGAGGUGGACGCUGCCGGGGCGGGAGCCGCUGUGGCGCUGGUGGAGCGCGGCGGCGGCCGGGGCGCGGAUCCCGGCGAGCUCGUGGCUCUGGCGCAGCGAGUGCAGACGGCAGAUGAAUUCAUCCGAGCUAAUGCUUGCAACAGAUUGACUGUCAUAGCUGAGCAAAUCCGCAAUCUGCAGGAGCAGGCCCGGAAGGUCUUGGAUGAAGCUAACAGAGAUGCUGAUCUUCAUCAUGUAAACUGCAAUAUUGUGAAGAAACCAGGAAACAUCUACUACCUGUACCAGCGGGAAAAUGGCCAGAGAUAUUUUUCCAUCCUUUCUCCUAAGGAAUGGGGGACCAGUUGCCCACAUGAGUUCCUUGGUGCCUAUAAGCUUCAGCACGACAUGUCCUGGACUUCAUCCGAGAACAUUGAGAAACGAGAUGCUGAAAUUAGCAUCCUUGACAAGCUGCUGAGCCAGCAGGCAGUGUUGCCUCAGUGUACAGAGCCCAACUUCCAAGGCCUCACCAAGUGAAGCAGGCUGGCAAGAACAGCGCAGGCAUUCUGAACAGCUUCUAGAAGAGGAUGGAUUGUCCUUACCUGACUACUGCAAAAGGAGUUUUAAGAAUGGAGUCCAAGAAAUGAAAACAGACCAGCAGCUCAAUUCAGCUACCCCUAGUUCCAGAUUUUCAUUUAAAACUCUUAACACAAACCAUUUCUGCCUUGCCCCACAGCAUCUAACAACUUGUAGUUUAGUUAAUUACUCUACCAGCUCUAAGAACAGACAUCUAUCUUGAGUUCCUCUAGUAUUUUCUCCCAUGGUCUACACUACAGAGUUAGGUGGAUGUAAGGUAGCCUACAUCGACCUAAUUAUGUCAGUAUACACACUACAGCCUUGCUCCUGUUGAUGUAAGUGAGCUACUACACGGAUAAUUCCACCUCUGUGAGAGGCGUAGGGCUUACGGUAGUGUAAUUAGGGUGACGGGGUGUGUGUAGACACUGUGGGAUAUUUACAUUGGCUGUCAUUCUUGUCAAUUUCAUGGUUCAGUGCUGGAGCAUGAAAUAGACAAGAAAGCUGCUCACAGCUUGGUCUGUUACCCCAGGGUGAAUGGGGGGCUCCCCCUCCCACUCAGGUUGUUGCCCCCAGGAGCUCUCAACUCCCUUCCAGGAAUCUCAUGUUCUUGAGUUCCACAACUGAAAGUUCCUUUUCUGUGCCCCCCUCUGCUCCCACACCAUACCCCACUCACAGCGGUUAUGCUCCCACACCAUACCCCACUCACAGCGGUUAUUCUUGGUCAGUGAGGACCCAGGGUUCAGAAGUGCACCUAUGUGAGUUCACCUCUCGCUCAGGG